AUGGUACAGUUGACGCACUUGGUGAGGGAGCUUCAUGCCCUCCUACCUGGCGGCGGGAGCUUGGCUCAACAUCGCCCGCCUUUGAAGGUCGAGUCCAAUAAAAUUACUUUGAAGCCUGAUGUGUCGGAGGGUACCCCGUCUUUCUCUCAGGAACCACAACCGGAUAUGCCACCCCUCGGAGACCCCUAUGACAUGAAGAAGGAGAGUAAUGAGGGCGAACUGUCCAUCCCGGUGGAACACACGACUGCGGCACAUAAACUCUUGAAAUGGCCCACAAUCAAGGAGUUGAUAAGUCCGAAGGAGUAUGAUGAAGACUAUGUGAUGAGACUGGAAGAAGAGCGAGGUCUUAUCAGUGUUCUUGGACAGGGUGAGAACUCGUUUUCAGCAGAUGGCACUCGACUUCCUGUCAGACCAAGGCCACCAGUUCCCGGCCAUGCUCCAAGCAUCUACAUCCCUCAAGAAGGUCUAUAUAUUCCCCAAGAGGAAUCUCUACCUUCCGACAGUCAAAUCGACAUCACCAGCUCUGGCUACUUUAACCUCGAUCCGACAACGGCCCGGAAGUACUUCAAGGGCUAUCUUGAACGAAUGCAUAGACUUCACCCUUUUAUUGACGAAGAAGAAGUAGCGACUCAGUUUGAAGAUUUCCUGACGUGGUAUUCUCCAUAUCCUCCUCACCGGAUGGACCGUGUGAAUAGCCUCUGCCAUGAAAACCAACGAGGAGGGAAGCGUAAACGUCCCUAUGAUGAGCCUCAUGGGAUACGAGGUGAAUCUGUUGAGCCGAUGUCUCCCCACAAUGGUCGACACCGGGUCCAAUCAUGGAUGAGGAAAAUGACUACCUUCAUCAACAUAUCCCCCCCACCCUGGCCACCUUUACCUCCCCCGCCUCCUCCGCCUCCGGGUACAACACCAGCAAACAACUUGAACGGCAACGGUCAAGACUCUCCAGCAAGCUCUGAACCAAUGACCUUCUUUCCUAACCCUAUGAUCCCAGUGCCCUCUUCAUUUUCAUCUGUCACAACCGAAGUCAUUGGGAAGAACGCCGGUGCUCUGUCCAGGCGGUCCAUAUCUAACGUUCGUGAUGAGUAUGGCAACGUGAAAAAUCUUCAAGUUAUCCCCGGUCUAGCAUUAUACGGAUACGCAACAGGAAUUUUGGGGCAUCUCCAAGGAGGAGUGGAGUUGGAGCAUGUUCAAGCAUCUUUACUUGCGGGCCUUUAUGCCGGUCAAUUAGCACACCCUUUCCAGAGCCACGGUUGGAUUUCCCAGGCGGCUCGAGGUUGCCAAGUCCUUAUACGACAGCGACGAUUCGAAAGAAUUGACGAGGGUGCUAGGAAAGAUUUGUAUAUCUUUGCCUUUUGGACCUGUCUUCAGCUUGAGAGUGAUCUCCUGGCCGAGCUGGAUAUUCCAGCCAGUGGCAUUUCUCGGUCGGAGAGUAGGAUGACUCUACCGAAGGGUAUCUUUACCAUUCAAAUCCCCGAUUCUCUUGAGGCACCUAAUACAAGGGUGAUGCUGUUCUACUCAGCACAAAUUCAUCUUCGCAAGGUUCUCAACCGUGUUCACACUGAUCUGUACAAAGUUGAAAAGAAGCGCGAAAAGGAAAAGCGAUGGUCUUCGACCGUACAAGAGACUUUGAGCAUGAAUCUCGAUCUUUGGCGCGAUAGUCUCCCGAUCAAUAUGAAGUGGAAGGAUACCGAUGAACCUGCAACUGAUAUCAAUGAAGCUCGCAUGAGAGGUAAAUACUACGGAGCUCGAUACAUCAUUCAUCGGCCACUUUUAUAUCACGCUCUUCAUUUUGGCAAGGAGCAUGUCGGAGUUGAUGGGCGUAUCAUGGACCCUGAGAACUCUCCACCUUCCGCGGAAGCCGGGUCCCAGUCAAAGCAGACCUCUCCGUUAAUGACUCAAGUCACAACAACCGAAGUUCCGGAAAUGACGCGCAUGGCGAGUGACCUCGGACCCAUGACAAACAGCUUUAAUCCCGACUUUCCGAACGGGUGGAGUCCGCCAAAUGUGCAGAUGCGUGAGCUUCCACAGAAGCUGCGUCGUGCCUGCAAGGUCUGUGUGGAGUCAGCAAUACUCAGUACGGAGGCUUUCGAUGGAGUUGAGGGUCGACUCGUUGUCACUAACAUCUUCGGUACUGCUCAUGCACAAUUCGGCAAUAUGCUUGUCCUCUCGGCGACUUACCAGUCCUUCCUUGCCGAGCUUAUCCCACGAGAUAAACUCAAGCGUUUACUCCGACGCACCAUCCGGUUUUUACUGCAGAAUACCAACAUUUCCCCAACCCUUCGAGCCGAUGCUCGAAUCCUGACCGAGAUCUUUGACAAAAUCUUUGGUUCCCACCAGCGUAACCAGCUAUAG